AUGUCUGAAUUUGAAAAGACUGCAGCUGAGAAGACAGAUGUUAAUGAUAUUAUUGAGAUCAGUGAUACAGAGAAGAAGAAUAAUUCAACUAUAGUUUCAAUGAAGAAAAUAUCUAUAUCUUUCAAGCAUAAGACAUUGAAUCUGAUUGCACUGAAACUCUUAAAAUAUGUUCAAAUCAGCAAGCAGAGCAUCUCAACAUCUGUGAAGACAGAUGAUGAGAUAAAGACAAGUCAUUCAACCCCUGCUAAGAUGAUUAAUAAGGCCAAGAUGAGCAGUGUGUGA